UUUCCUUGUUGUGAUUGCAAUGUUUUUAUAUCCUGUGUGUGAUAAGGUUUUAGUAUACUUCUGUCAAGACUAGGAUAUGUCUACUAUGAGGUAUACCGAGAGUACCUUACAAUAUUUUAUGUCACUUUAAUAUGGGUGGGUGCAUUGGAUCCCAGAGAGACAAUGGCCCACCUUCUGGGGAAUCUUCAGAUGUCACUGGGAUGGUGCAGCAUGUUUCUGUUGGGAGAAAUCAACCAUUAAAACCUGAGAAACCCAAAUGGAAAAGCGAUGUACCUUUAACUGAGAGCCAGUUGCGGAGUAAAAGAGAUGAAUUUUGGGACACAGCUCCAGCCUUUGAUGGUAGAAAAGAAAUUUGGGAUGCUCUGAAAGCUGCCUCCUAUGCCUUAGAAACUGGUGAUCAUUCAUUGGCUCAGGCCAUUGUUGAUGGGGCUAGCAUAUCUCUUCCACAUGGCACGCUAAUGGAUUGUUAUGAUGAGCUAGGCAACAGAUACCAACUACCACAUUAUGUUCUAAGUGCCCCAGCCAAUCUAAUAGAAGACACUAGUGAGAGUGAGACCCCGCCUGACACAGACGCCAACCCAUCCCCCGGGGUAGAGCAGCCUAUUCGCUUCCGCCUGUCCAACCUGAGUCACGACAUCAAACUGGCUGUGUCGUCAACAGACACAGUUCUAAAGAUAAAAAAACGAAUAGCAGAGCUGGAGGUGGGGGUAGAACCACAUAGACAGAGGUGGUUUUAUGCUGGACGUUUGCUCAAUGAUAAGCUGCGUAUAGAAGAUACCAGAAUUCCAAAAAAUCACGUGGUUCAGGUGAUAGUUGCAGCUGCCAAACAGGAAGCUGGUGAGGCUGAAUAAAUGUUGUGUGCGGAUAAUAUCCAACUCCCCCUGCGUGGGGUGUUUCAAGUGUUCUUUCAUCUUACUCUAGUGAUAUUAUAUGGUUUUCAUGCUUUGCUUGCACGUUUCUUGACCUGUAUUUGGAUGUAAUCAACUUGACUACCAACAGUGUGGUGUUUCUAUCUGGAUUUAUUUUUUCUCAGGAGUUUGUUUCUUUAAAGACAAAAACAUUUUAAAAAUCAUAAAAGUUUUUUUUUUGAGAUAGUGUUGAUGAAGAUGAAUGUUUAGAGAGUUAUUUAUAAAUCUAAAUUUUGUCACCAGUAUUCAAAAUAGUUUGUGGUUGGCUAUUUUGAGCAAAAAUUGAUUUUAGAAAGUCAUUUCUUUGCUUAGCCAAAUCACAUGGAUUAAAAAGUGCAAUUUUUUCUGGUUUGUAACAAGAGGUUUACAAGGCACAUAUAUAAAUUUAUAACCAUAAAACAUUUUCUUGCAGAUAUUUACAUUUUAUUUUGCUAUUCAAUGCUGUACCAUAUUUUCUAUUUCAACUGAUUUUGUCCUUACCUAAGGUUAUGUUUUCUCUGAAUGAAGCAUAUGCUACCUUUUACUUGUUUAAUUUAUUAUGAUUUUAUUUGUUGCUUGGCCUAAAAGAAUCUAUAUUUUGUUAAGCUGUUUAACUGUGCUUGGUUUUAUUUCUUUAUACAUGAGCAAUUUUCUUUUUAUAAAAUAUCACAUAUCAUGCUCGAUAUGAUUUUGUAAAUAGGGUUUUAAAAAUUUACAAUCAUGUAAGAAAUUGUUUUAUACAUGACUUAAUUGAACUCAUCAGAUACACUGGUUUACUCGCCUCUUUGUUGAAUAUAUAAGAUCAAUGCUUCACUUUAAAAUCAAAUGUCCAAACCCGUUCAUACAUAUUUUACUACGAGUUACAUAUUAAUUUUUAAAAAAAACAGUGUUCAUCAAUUGUGGGUUUAGAGGAUAAAGCUAUGUAAGAAAUGUCAUUUUUUUGUGAAACCAGGAAGAAUAUUAUCUUAUAUGGUAAUGCUAGAUUGUAAACAGCUUUCAUAGUUAGUGUGAGAAAUAAAAAAAAAAAGGAUCUCUUUCUAAACUUGUAAGGUGGAAAAUUGUUAUGAAAUGUCAAAUAAAUUGUUGUGUUUAAUGAAAAAAAAUGUGAUGUCACAAGAUGUCUUUGCUAAUUUUUAUUUUUAUAUGUAAUGACUUUGUUUUGAUGUGAUGCACAUUUCACUUGAAUCAUUGAAAGCUUUUGUCUUUAAUUAUGCAUUUCUUCUAGAUAAAUCUGACUGUUAUCAAAUUGCAUAUUGCACACUGCAGCUUAAAUAUUAUGAAUGCAGUUGGCUCUUCGUGUAAAAUUUUAAAGUGGGUGUGUAGUAUUGUUUCUGUAAAACCAAGAAAUCCUGUUACUUUAUUUGUGAAAUUGAUGGAUUGCCUGACUAUUGUCAUAGAUUUCAGAAUUGUUUAGUACAUUACAUAAAAAUCUACUUUAAAUAUAUGAAUGUAAAUUGGUCACGCUAAAGCUAUUAUAAACAACACAGCCAAUCUGAUGAGAGCUGUUGUUGCUGAUUGUUUUAUUGGAAUGUGAAGAAACGCUUCACCUCUACAAUGUGUUCUUAUCAACCCUUUCAACUUUAGGGCUGAAUUAUAAGUAAGACGUCAUUUCAAUGGUGGCUAAAAGAAAACUUAACCAUCUAAUGUAUCUAAUAAAAAUUCUGGAAUGUCUGCCACACUUUUCUUGUACUUCCUUAGUACUUACUGUGCUGCAAUUGUUUACUUCACAGCUUCCCCAGGAGUGAUAUACAAGUCUGUACAUUAUAACAUUUUUUUUUCAAACAAUUGGCGCAGAAUUACGGAUCAGGAUGUGAUAAAAGAAAUUGUGUACUUGUAAAACAAUCUAUGUUAAAAGACAUACAUCAUUAUAAUUGUGAUUUUUGCUUUGCAUCAUAAAAUGUUUCAUUCAGUCAAUGUGUCACGCAAUCAAACAUUCCUAUUUUAUUAACCUCACAAGUUCAAACAUUUUUGAGUUUUUAAAAUCAAACCAAACUUACUUGUAAAAAAAAAGAAUUUUUUUUAGAAGCAUUUCAUUACAAAAUGUAAAAACAUUACUCAGCUAGCUAGUGGUUCUUACCAGUAUAUUUUUAAAAACUGCAUCUUUUUAAAGUUGUAACAAAAAAAUAAAAACAUUGAUGACUUGUUUUCUUUUUAGUAAUUUUUGUGUCUGUUGAUGGUAAUGUUAAGUGUCCGAAUUUAAAAUUUAUUUUAAUAUCUAUUUUUUUGUGUGUGUUUGUUAUUUACAUAAAAGGCAUAAGCUGUUUAGUGCUACAAAGUAUCAUCUGUUAAUGUUAUAUAAUAAUUGCAACAUCAGCACAGAAAUUAAAUAUUAAAUC